CCAAAGUACGACAUUCAACGCUGCGCCCAACCAGUUCUUGGAGACGCUCUGUAGGAUGCGCAUUUGUUUUUCGCCCAUGCUGGUCUCUAUACAAAAUUGAAAAACAAUGUUUCGCGCCAGACCCUCAUUUGCCCGAUUCAAUCUCUUUCCCGUUAGGCAUUUUUGCACUAAACCCACUAACAAUAUCAACAAUAGUAACAGCAGCAGCAGCAGCAGCAGGGACAUGAUCGAAUCAAAUGUUGGUAAAUACGAGGAGGUCUAUCGUCAAUUGGACAAGCUCGACUUCAUGACUUCCGCCAAGAUCCUCUUCACUGAACCCCCCAAGAAAAAGAAGUUCGGGCUCGAUUUUCAUCUGGUACAACUCUUCUUUGCCUGCCUGCCUUCAUUAGCUGUAUAUUUGGUGGCUCAAUAUGCACGCCAUGAAAUGAGAAAAAUGGAUGAGGAACUUGAGCUGAAAAAGAAGAAAGAGGAAGAGGAAAAAGCAAAAGAGAUGGAAUUAAAAGCGAUUAAAGAAAAAGAAGCUAGAUCUGAUCCAGAGCUUUUAGAGGUGAAAGUGAGACUGGAUAAGCUAGAGGAAGCUAUCAAGGAAAUUGUGGUAGAUUCAAAGAAACAAUCAACUGACUAUGCAACAAAAAACCAGGAAGACAUUGGUAAUGUAAAACACAUUGCACCAACUGAAUCUGCUGAAGCCCAGAGCACAUCGGAACCAAGCAAAUCCUUGGAUAAAGACCUUCUUGGCAAACAGAAAUCUAGAGAACCAGUACAAGAUAAAGGGAAGGUAACUGGAUUAGCACCAACACCUGGUGCUUCCCUGCAAGAUCAAAAUGGAAAGACCCAAACUGUAGGAACUUCUAAAGAAACUAAGAAAUGAAGAAACACCUAAUUUGUAAACCCUUUGUUUGGAAUCAAUAAUUUUGCAAGGAUUCAAAUUUGAUUGAUUUCCUUUUUU